ACGAGUGGGCGGGGCAGGGGGGAGCCCUAUAAUUGGACGAAUCUGGGAUCCUUGAGUCCUACUCAGCCCCGGAGGCGAAGGACGGACAUUCCCCAGGAGCUGGUUGGCGAAUCGCAAGAUGAAGGUUCUGUGGGUCACCUUGGUGGUCACGCUCCUGGCAGGAUGCCAGGCAGACAAGGAGCCAGAGCUGGAGUCCGAGGUGCAUCUGGGGCAGGAGUGGCCCAGGUGGCAAGGCAGCCAGCCCUGGGAGCUGGCGCUGGGCCGCUUCUGGGAUUACCUGCGCUGGGUGCAGACACUGUCUGAGGAGGUACAGGAGGAACUGCUCGACACCCAGGUCAUUCAGGAGUUGACGGUGCUGAUGGAUGAGACCAUGAAGGAGGUGAAGGUCUAUAGGCAGGAGCUGGAGGAGCAGCUGGGCCCCAUGGCCCAGGAGACGCAGGCCCGUGUGUCCAAGGAGCUGCAGGCAGCGCAGGCCCGGCUGGCCUCGGACAUGGAAGACGUGCGCACCCGCCUGGCGCAGUACCGUAGCGAGGUGCAGGCCAUGCUGGGCCAGACCACCGAGGAGCUGCGGGGCCGCCUGGCCUCCCACCUGCGCAAGCUGCGCAAGCGGCUCUUCCGCGACGCCGACGACCUGAAGAAGCGCCUGGCCGUGUACCAGGCUGGGGUGCGCGAGGGCGCCGAGCGCAGCGUGACCGCCAUGCGCGAGCGCCUGGGGCCCCUACUGGAGAAGGGCCAAGCGCAUGCUGCCACCUUGGGCAACGGGGCUAGCCAGCCCCUGCGGGAGCGCAUCGAGGCCUGGCGCCAGAAGCUGCGCGGGCGGCUGGACCAGGUGGGCGUCCGGGCCCGGGACCGCCUGGACGAGAUGCGCGAGCAGCUGGAGGAGGUGCGCGCCAAGAUGGAGGAGCAGGGGAGCCAGAUUCGCCGGCAGGCCGAGGCCUUCCAGGCCCGCCUCAAAAGCUGGUUCGAGCCCCUUGUGGGAGACCUGCAACGCCAGUGGGCGGAGCUGGUGGAGAAGGUGCAAUUGGCUGUGGCCACCAGCCCCACCUCCAAGACCAGAGAGAGUCAGUGAGUGCCCGGGCAUCCUCUUGUGCGGCCCCACUCCUGCCCCGGACCCCGUGUGCCCCCAGCCUACAGGAGGCCCUAUCCCUGCCCCAGCUGUCCUCCUGGUGGGCCCUAGCUUAAUAAAGAUUCAUCAAACUUCAA